AUUGGAGUUGGAAAGCAUUCCUUUUAGAGAAGAGCAGAUAAAUAAAAUGGAGUUCUUAAUAUACGUGAUAGCACUAACUAAGCUCUUAAAAGUGGAUACUCCAGGCACUUUAAGCUUCCCUAAUUUCUAACAGAAUUAUUAGAAAGAUUAACGGUCAAUAUGAUCUUCUCAUAUGUAAACAUAACAGGAGUGAGAAUACCAUACGUGGACCGUCCUUUAUAAGACAUGAAGAAUUUAGAGCGAACUGGCUCAUCCCAAGGUCCCCAGCUCAUUCUUAUACCCACUACAGACUCCACAAGAAGCAAAUCUCAACUCUCUCUCUCUCUCUCUCUCUCUCUCUCAUAGUUACAGCUGCUAGUUUCGUCUGCCAUGUCUACUAACAAGAAAAGGCCAAUCCUCAGAACAGUUUCAGUCAGCUUAGGCUGUAGCAGCUGCAAGAAACCAAUCCUCUCCAAUAUUUUCAAACUCAAGCCAAGACCCCGAAAAUCCACCACCACCACCACCACCACCACCACCACCCCCUCCAUCUCCACUUCCUACCAUAAACACUAUAGCCAUGACCUUUACUACUCAUCUUCCACCUCCUCUAAAACCAACCCAUCUACCCCAGGCUAUGACACUACCAUCUCAUUCUCUUCCACUGCCGACACCCCACCCCAGCCUUCCUGUGACAUAAGAAGCAGCAAGAAAUGCUCAAGAACCGUACGUGGACUGGGGCGGAUCGGCGGCGAGAGUUUGGCUGUGGAGAAAGAUUCCGAUGACCCAUAUCUGGAUUUUCGACAAUCAAUGCUUCAAAUGAUAUUGGAGAAGGAAAUAUACUCGAAAGACGAUCUUCGAGAGCUUCUUAACUGUUUCUUGCAGCUAAACUCUCCUUAUCACCAUGGGAUUAUCGUUAGAGCUUUCACUGAUAUCUGGGAUGGUGUCUACUCUGCGAGGUCGUCAGCUGCUGGUGGUGUUGGCGGCGGCGGCUCCUCUCAGUCCCAACAGAUGCUGCAUUAUAAUUAUUAGUACUACGGUCAUGGCUGCUAACUGUUAAGCGUUAAAGUCAAGUGACUCUAAUGUGUUCUUGUGCUGCACGUGAAAGUCUUAUGGCUAUUUUCAUGAACUGUAAAAAUGAGAAUCUCAAUGUAUGAAGAUAAUUUUGGUUGCUGUAUUUGUAGGAUCCAACUGUUAAUUAAUUUUAGAAUUUAGAAAAUUGCCUUUUCUUUUUAUUUCCCUUUCAACUCUAAUAUAAUUGAGUAAAUAUUUUCUA